UACAAAUUUUCUUUACGUCAAUGUACGCGUAUGAUAAUAAUCAUACAGCCCUGUGUAUGCCAGCAACCAAUGUAGUCAACACACUUGCUCAGGCUACAGUGAUGUAGGUAUACAGACGAUGUCUACCGUUUGCAAUUGACGCGUUUCAUCUCGUUCUUUGCCUUUAAGUGAACGAAUAUGGAUUAAUCAGUGAUUUAUUUGUGUAUAUCUCGUAUUAGACUAUACUAGCAAAUACGAUUAAACAGUGAGAAAAGAAGUAUUUAGAUAAAUAAGAUGCCUAAAAGGUGAGAGAGAAAAGAAACGCAGAGAAUAGAUGCACUGAAGUUGUGUGUGCAUUUGAAUGUUCACUGUGUGAUGCGACGACGGAAAGAAAGGGAGAAAAAAGGAAGAAAGAGAUAGAAUAAAACAUUGGGUGAGAGUGCGAGGAGAAGGGGCUUAAAAGAUGGCCGUCCUGAAACAUAUGACAAAGAACGGCGGGCAACCGCCGCAGCGGAAAAGAAUUAUCACGGAAUGUGUUUCACGGUAUCGUUGAUCCUCGUCCUCGCGUAGAGGUGUGGUGAUAUUUCGAGUAAAAGGGAUCGUGGCUAUAAAAGUCAGUGAUCCUGUUAGCAAAGGAGCCAUGACUACGUGUAAAGAAUGGGCUCGAUUGCAUCGGUGUUGCAGUGGCAUUGCUCGGAGUGCGCUCUGAUAAAUCCAACGGAGAGCACGCGAUGCGCCAGGUGCGGCCUUACUCGGCUUAGGAGUGAUGAGAAAGCAAAUCUCAGGCUCGGCCUGAGCUUGGAUCGCAAAGUUCCCGAAGAAAAAGAGGAGGAGGAAAAGCAAAGAGACGACGAGGAAGGUGACUCUUCCUCGGUCUCUGUUCCGCCAACACCUCCGCCGAAACUUCGUUUGGAGAAGCCAGCAACGGGCGAUACGCGUCCGGCAACUUAUCAAUACGUCAAAACCGAUCUCAUACAUCGCUCAGAGGGGAAUUUAAUUCUACUCAAUAAUCAUAUAAAGAAAUCUCACCAUGAUUCGUGGAAUGGAAAGUCUUGUAAAAAAGAGCCAGUUAAAAGAUCUUCUUCUCUACCUUCCUUAAUAACACAAUGGACUUGCGUUCGUUGUUUGUUAGACAACAGCUGCAGUUCUGGUAUAAUUUGCAUAGCUUGUGAUGCAAAUUCCUCUAUAGCUGAAACUGGCAAAAGACAGAUUGGAGCACGUAAACGCAAAAAAUUGAAUUCACGUAAAACAAAUCGUCUCAAAACUGCAUCCGAACUUCUGGCCAAUAUUUUAGAUGAUGUCAAUGCAACAAGUUCUUCUACAAGCGAUGCAAGAAUUAUCAAUAAGGCUUAUCUGUACUCUAUAGAUAUGGCACAACUAACAAGUAUAAGUCGUAGUGAAAGGAGACAAGAUAGAGAAGACUGGACCUUGCCACCAAUAGAAACUAUGGAGUCUACUACACUUUCCUACACAAAUACCACUGAUACCUCUCAACGUUCACCAAAAAGACAUAGUCCUUCAAUUUAUGAAAGAGUCAAAUCUAAAGUUAGUCGCUCUUUAUCUAAUGGAUCUGUUGUACAUAAAUUAUCUGAACAUGCAAUUCAAAGACCAACAAGUUUAGUAGUCUCAGAAUCUCAACAGGAUGAUGCUCUCUGGAGUUGUGAUAAUUGUACUCUUGAUAAUGCUCCUGGCCUAGAACAAUGCGAGGCAUGUGAAGCCCCUAGAAGUCCUGCUCCUUGCAGUGGAGUAGUUAUCAGUGUACCUGCCUGGGAACCACGUGCUCUAUCUUCUGCAGGUCCAUUGUUUUAUAGACGAUCUUUUUCUGAUGUCGAAUCCGUUACAAAUGUAUCUCGAAAGAAAAAGAUCGUCAAUCGUAGAAGUCUCAAUGAGGAUGAACCACCUGCAGUACCACCACAUUCUGUUGGUUUUAGUACAAGACCAAAAUAUUCUUACAUUGGAAUUACCGACCCUGAUAUACCGCCGCCAUUGCCAAAAAAACAAAAUAAUAAAUUAGGUCUUGUACCCACAAAAGCACAUAGCGAAGCAACUAGUCCUGUCGGUGAUGUACCGAAUGUAAGCUCGUUAAAACGUAUGUGGACUUGUCGGAAAUGUUCUUACGCGUAUAAUCCUUUAUGGUCAACUGGUUGCGAUAUAUGUGGAUCUUCUCGUUCACCGCCUUCGUUAAUGCAACCUAGUCUAAUAACGGUCACAAAGGAUGAAACGAGUUGUUCAAUGCAUUCACAAUCUCCAAUCGUAGUAUCCAGAGAUAGUGUAAGAUACAUUCCGCAGAAAACUGCUACAUUGGCUACAGCAGAAUCUGAUUUAGAAGAAGUUGAUCCACCCUCCCCAGUGUGGACUUGUAAAAAAUGUACAUUAUUAAAUGCCGCUUCGCGAACAACGUGUGAAGCGUGCGGUGGUUCAAAGCUUAAAAGUAUCAUGCAUUUAGAAGACGCUACAUUACGAAAAGGAGAAAGCUGGGUGUGUCCAUCGUGUACAUUAAGGAAUCCGCUAUCAGCACAAACUUGUAAUGCUUGUAAGACUUUAGCAGAUUUUCUAGAUGUACCAAAGGAUAGCAGAUUUUUUGGAUCAAGAAGUCCGAGUCCAAGACUUUGUUCAACCCCUAUAAAUUCAAAAGUUGUUACUCCAAGACAUAGGAAUUCUGUAAGAAGAAAUGGUUCUUCAAUUGGAGAUAAAAGACAUUCGAGAAUUAGAGAUUCCACUCAUGGUCAAUGGCAGUGUAAACUGUGCACAUAUGAAAAUAAGAGUACAAACGGAAUUUGUGAAAUGUGCCAAAUCUCAAAAAAUUUAUCUCAACUACCAGGUGAAAGGCCUAGAAUUAUUGAAUCUGGCAUAAGUACACUUACAAUGCAACGGCAAGAAAGCGUAGUUAUGGAGAAUUUAAGACAAAUUGAGGAAAGAGAAGCAUUGGAGAAAUGGGAGCGAAUUGUUCGCUACUGCAAAGAGACAAAUGAACCUUUUGUCGAUGACUCAUUUCCACCAGCUCCAAAAUCUCUAUAUUACAAUCCAGCUGAAACAAAAGAUAACCAUGUUGUUCAAUGGAGAAGGCCUCAUCAAAUUAAUGUUGAUUCUACAGUUGAUUCCAAACUGCCUUGGGCUGUUUUUAGGAAACCCUUACCUUCUGAUAUCUCACAAGGUGUAUUAGGAAACUGUUGGUUACUUUCAGCUUUAGCUGUUUUAGCUGAAAGUGAUGAGCUUGUAAAGAGAGUCUUAGUAAUGAGGGAAACCUGCCCAGAAGGAGCUUAUCAAGUAAGAUUAUGUAAAGAUGGAAAAUGGACCACAGUACUUGUUGAUGACUUGCUACCCUGUGAUAAAAGAGGCCAUCUUGUAUAUUCUCAGGCAAAAAGAAAACAACUUUGGGUGCCAUUAAUUGAAAAAGCAGUGGCUAAAAUUCAUGGUUGCUAUGAAGCUUUAGUAUCUGGACGUGCAAUAGAAGGUCUAGCAACACUUACAGGUGCCCCUUGUGAGAGUGUGCCUUUACAACCAUCCGCUUUGCCAAGUGAAGAUGAACUUGAUAAGGAUUUAAUAUGGGCACAACUUUUAUCUUCAAGGCAAGCUAUGUUUUUAAUGGGUGCUAGUUGUGGAGGUGGUAAUAUGAAAGUUGAUGAGGAAGAAUAUCAACGUAAAGGUUUAAGGCCAAGGCACGCUUAUUCUGUUCUCGAUGUACGGGAUGUACAGGGAAUACGAUUAUUGAGAUUACGUAAUCCAUGGGGUCACUAUAGUUGGAAGGGUGAUUGGUCUGAUGAUAGUCCUAUUUGGACACCACAAUUGCGGGAAAUGCUCAUGCCACAUGGUGCUUCUGACGGUGUUUUCUGGAUUUCUUUUGACGAUGUAUUGAAAUAUUUUGAUUGUAUUGAUAUUUGUAAAACUAGAGUUGGGUGGAGUGAAGUUAGAUUACGUGGGACACUUCCACCUUUAUCAUCUCUCAGACAUUUAUCAUGUGUACUUUUAACGGUACUAGAACCUACUGAAACAGAAUUUACUUUAUUUCAAGAAGGGCAAAGGAAUUCCGAAAAAUCACAACGUUCUCAGUUGGACUUGUGCGUAGUUGUUUUUCGUACGCGUUCACCAGCAGCACCAGAAGUGGGGAGAUUAGUAGAACAUAGUAAGCGACAAGUACGUGGAUUCGUUGGAUGUCACAAAAUGUUAGAGAGGGAUUUGUAUAUUGUUGUAUGUUUGGCCUUUAAUCAUUGGCACACAGGAAUGGAAGAUACUUCCAGUUACCCUGAGUACGUUCUUGCCAUUCAUAGUUCAAAGAGAUUAUUAGUUGAGCAAAUUUCCCCGCCAGCAUUUGUCUUAGCUGAUGCUAUAAUAAGUUUAACUCUAGCAAAAGGACAGAGACAUGAAGGAAGAGAGGGAAUGACUGCUUAUUACUUAACUAAAGGUUGGGCUGGACUUGUAGUAAUGGUAGAAAAUCGUCAUGUAAAUAAAUGGAUUCAUGUAAAAUGUGACUGCCAUGAAAGCUAUAACGUUGUGUCCACAAGAGGACAACUCAGAACUGCCGAUAGUGUUCCCCCGCUACACAGACAAGUCAUCAUAGUUUUAACACAAUUGGAAGGUAGUGGAGGUUUUUCGAUAGCACAUCGACUUACGCACAGACUAGCUAACAGUGGAAACUUGCAUGACUGGGGUCCGCCAGAUACUCAACAUUGUCCUCAAAUUGAUACUCAAGUCGAAGGUUUACAUAGUCCUCGUUUAAUCACGUGAACGAAUGAGUGAUUAAUAACAAAUAGGACAAUGUUUAAAUGUAUCUCGUUUGUCAAGUAAGAGAUUUAUUAUGUACUCGUGAUAUCCAGAAAUUUACCAAAGCAAGCUAGAAAGAUUUUGGUACAGAAGAAAUAGUACUGAAACUAUAAUACAUUCUGUGCUUUCUAGCUAUUCAUGUUGUAUGAAAAUUUUUAGCAUUACGACAAGCUCACUAUUGGAUAUACUACAAUAAUUAACAAUUAAUAUACAAUGAUUCUCUCUCUCUCUCUGAGAUCAGUGGUUAGAAAUAUUUUUUUUUAAUUAGGUAGAAAUCAUUCGUUGUAUCAAUGAAAAUGAAUAUACUUUAAAACUUGCGUGCAAAUUAAGCAUUUCUACGGGAACCAUUGAUCCAUAAAGAAGACUUAAGGGAAAUUAAAUAUUUAUGGAAGAACAAAUUAAACACAUUGCUUGUUAUAUAAAAAAAAAUUAUUUUCUCAACGUAACAUAUAAGCACCAUAAAAAGUAACAAAGCGUAAAAGUUAUACAGUAAUAAUAUAUGAAGUGAAAUAAAUAACAGCCAUUGAUAAUGAAAAACAUAUACACUCUUUUUGGAAUUGCUUAGAGUAUGGUAUAACUAUGGGUCGAAAUUUUUUCAAUUUUUGCAUCUCACAAGUCGAUCCUAUUUUCGGAUACACAGACCGUAUUCAGAACCCACAUUUAAAAGUACAUGUAUUGUAUAUUGUGUAUGAGAGCUGAUGUUACUGGCCGUUUAAGUGAGGGUUUCCGAAUAUUGGUCACAUCGUAAAACUUUUAUCUCAUCUGAACUUUUGUUGUUUCCAUCUUGUAACUGGAUGGAGUGCUUGUGCUAAAAAUGGACGUAGCGCAUAGCUACAGAACCAAAAAUCUCUCUGAAAGUUUUACAGUAUAGUGACGCGUUCACUGCCAUUUUGUGCAAUGUACGUUUAACUUUAUUGUUGUUAAAAAUUUUUGUAGCGAAUUAUUAACAAAAUUAUUAUCACUGAUUGUUGUAUGUAUAUUUUAUGUUCAUUUAACUUAUAAUACAUAUCUUGAACUUUAUACAUACACAAGUGUGGCAGUUAACGAGUUAGUCAAUUUUAUAAGUCUUGUACAUUUUGUAAUCAUGACAUCAGAAUAGUCGUCUACGAGGCGCAAUCAUUUAUAAAUUUUUUUUACAUAAAUAGAUUUGUGUUUUAUUUUUAUACAUAUACAUAUAUGUGUUUCAUCUAUAAACGAAACAAAUAAGUAUUGGAUAAUGAAAUAUAUGAAUCAUUUUUUUUCAAUUUGAAAAAAACGUAUUUAGCAAAUUAUAAUCUCACGUAAAAAGGAAAUUACAAUUUAAUAAAACAUUCCCUUCUUUUUAAAGAGAAAGAUUGCUAAAUUGAAAAUUAUAUGUAUGUUACAAGUAUAUCUCCUUUCGAAUAGCAUAAAAUAAUUCAAAAAAUUGUUAUUGAAAUUAUUGCAUUAAUAUAUGAUUAAUUUAAUGUUAAAACUGUAUACAAAAGAGUGAAGCUAUAAGUUUUGAUUCUUAUUAAUGUUGUACCAACCGAUAAUUUUAAAUAUGUCUAUUACAUGUAUUAAAUGCGAUGUAUGUUGGCA